AGCUAGCUUCUACUUCCCGGUUUCUAAGCCAGGGGAAGCUGUCGAAAAUAUGGCUGCUCGUUUUCUAGUAGAUUACCUGUCUCUGAAUCCUUGGCGGACUCGGCAAACAGAUCAUUCUGUCCAAUUAUUACGACCGAGGUAAAUAACUUCAUUGCCAACGCAAGAGAUGAUCAUCUCAUUUGGGGCAGCCGACCAUUUUGGGCGUCUUCCCAAAAGGAGAGACGAAGGGAAAACCAUAAAUAGUAAGUGACAACGCUGGACAAAAGGCGGGAAAACGACUACUGGCAUCUCACUGAAAACAACGGAGAGUAAUUUGAUUUCGUAUUCUCCUCUGUCGUACGUGUCCUUGUCGUUUUAUUGUGCUCAGCUUUAAUUCAACGUUCAAAAUGCCUAAAUUGAUUUUCAGCUAUUCGCCAAACUAUUUUUCAAUAGAAGACAUUGUUCUCCAGGAUGUCAGGGUGUCGUGCAAGUUUGAAGUAUCUGUUCCCAAGUUGGGCAUGCUAGACCAGUCAGCGGAUGAUCAAGAUCUCAAACAAGGCAGUAAAGUUGAGCUGCCUUUUUGGAUGGUCCCAACCCUUCACGCCAAAAAAGUCAUUACAUUUGAAAUUCCUAGACACUACAAAGUCAACUAUAGGCAAAUUCUACAGGCUGAUAGUAUAGUUGUCGACCUCCACAAGUGGGGUCCCUAUUUCUACGAUCUAGGCAAUCAUGUGGCCAAUCUGGAGCUGAAAGAUUCCCUUGAUAUAAAGAAAAGCCUUGUUCAGACACUUCUUAACCGACUAAGACACAUUAUGGACAUGUCCCAACACUCCACACACCAUGAGACAGUACAUCUUAUUGCAAACUUGGAUGAAUUAGAGAGGAAAUUGUUUGCAGUGGGCCAGCUGAGCUACAGAAGCUACAAGGAAUGGGUACGGAGAGAAUCCAGCAAAAUAAACACGGCUGCUCUGGUCGCCAGUCAUAGAAAGAGAAAAUUUGCAGAAGUUACCGUUUAAAAACAAUUACCAGUAUUUCAGGUGUAUUUGGCCCCUAUCUAAUCAACAAUUAUAUUGAGCAACUAUGAAGUUCGGCACAGUCAAUCAAAAGCAAUGAACUCGUUUAGUGUAUGGAAAAGGACACAUUGGAAAAGAAACCCUGAUGGUAGCAACAAUGGAUAUGUUGAGUCCCUGUUAAAGUAACUGUGCUACUCAUCCUUUGAAAGUAUUUUGCCGCGCAAAUCUCAAUUGAAUAGAUUAUCUCUUAAACUUUUAA